UACAGUUCUUGUUUCGUGCCAAUGAAUCCAACCCAAAAUACGCAUCCGAAACAGACACCGUUCGAUCUUCAUCGUAGGAUUCCAAUUCACGAAUAUAUAUAAACCCGGGAAUUCACGAAAUUCGAUUCCCUGAGAAGGAAGGUUCCACGGAAGAACCUUCUCUGACUCGCCCAACCAACCCAAAGGCUUUCCACGCGCAUCCUUUUCUUCAUCAUCGUCUUCGUUCUUCUUCUUCAUCAGAUCCUUGACGAAUCCCCAAAAGGAAAGAAAAUCACAGAACAAGAAGAAAAAUAAGAUGUAUAGCAAUUUCAAAGAGCAAGCAAUAGAGUACGUGAAGCAAGCGGUGGAGGAAGACAACAAAGGUAAUUACGCGAGAGCGUUCCAACUUUACAUGAACGCGUUGGAGUACUUCAAAACGCACCUCAAGUAUGAGAAGAACCCUAAGAUCAAGGAGGCCAUCACGCAGAAAUUCACGGAGUACCUGCGUCGGGCCGAGGAGAUCCGGGCCGUCCUCGACGAUGGGCCCAGCGGCCCACCUUCCUCCGGGGAUGCUGCCGUCGCUACCAGGCCCAAGACCAAGCCCAAGGACGGCGCGGGCGGCGACGGGGAGGAUCCUGAACAGACCAAGCUCCGGGCUGGGCUCAACUCUGCCAUCGUUAGAGAAAAGCCCGACGUGAAGUGGAACGACGUGGCGGGGCUGGAGAGCGCCAAACAGGCUCUGCAGGAAGCGGUUAUCUUGCCCGUGAAGUUUCCUCAGUUUUUCACCGGUAAACGACGACCUUGGAGAGCGUUUUUGUUGUACGGACCACCGGGGACGGGUAAAUCGUAUUUGGCCAAGGCUGUUGCAACAGAAGCUGAUUCUACGUUCUUCAGUGUUUCUUCAUCAGACCUGGUUUCAAAGUGGAUGGGUGAAAGUGAAAAGUUGGUUUCAAAUCUUUUUGAAAUGGCUCGUGAAAGUGCACCUUCUAUCAUAUUCAUUGAUGAAAUAGAUUCUCUGUGUGGUCAGCGUGGCGAGGGUAAUGAGAGUGAGGCUUCAAGACGAAUUAAAACUGAAGUUCUGGUGCAGAUGCAGGGUGUAGGACACAAUGAUCAGAAAGUUCUGGUUCUAGCGGCUACAAAUACACCUUAUGCUCUAGACCAGGCAAUAAGGCGACGUUUUGAUAAGCGAAUAUACAUACCCCUACCAGAUUUGAAGGCUCGCCAGCACAUGUUCAAGGUGCACCUUGGAGAUACUCCCCAUAGUUUGACAGAAAGUGAUUUUGAACAUUUGGCCCGCAGGACAGAGGGGUUUUCAGGUUCAGAUAUAGCUGUCUGUGUCAAAGAUGUUUUAUUUGAACCUGUUCGCAAAACCCAAGAUGCCAUGUUUUUCUUUAAGAAUCCUGAGGGCAUGUGGAUUCCAUGUGGACCAAAGCAACAGAGUGCAAUACAAAUUACAAUGCAGGAGCUUGCUGCGAAAGGACUUGCUUCACAGAUCCUGCCACCACCUAUAUCGAGGACAGAUUUUGACAAAGUACUUGCUAGACAAAGACCCACUGUAAGCAAGGCCGACCUCAAUGUUCAUGAGAGAUUCACAAAGGAGUUCGGAGAGGAAGGAUAAUUCUGACGGAAUUCUCCUUCGACUAUCUGCACUAGUUUAAACGUGUUAUUAUUUGUAAUUUACAGAACUAUUGGAUCAAGUGAAGUGCAUAAUUCUACUUCUCAUAAAUUGUGUAUAAAAACGGUCUGAAAUUCUCAGAAAAAUAAAUUUCAUGUGAAUAUGUGGUACCGGUUA